AUUCUUAUAUAUAUAAUAUUAUUGGAGCCGCCUCCUUGGAACGUGUCUCUGUCUAUUCUUAAAUCAAUCUAUUGGGUCUGGUCGCCAUGAAAGAUUUAUUUUGGCAGGUCUAAUUGCAUCUGAAAUUCUGAAUAUCUGAUAGCACCAAGCUUUCAACCCCUUAUUCUACUACUAUCAUGACAGUGAAAAGAGCAGUAUCUCUUCAAAUUUUUGGUUACCGGCUUGUUGGCCGGGGAAAAUCGUCUGUUAUCUAUAUAAUCCUAUUUGCUCUUCUAAUAAUUUUCAUGUUUGCAGACAAUAUCAUUUCUAACAUAUCGCUUCACUCGGCUGCCUUCACUAAAAAAGAAGAUUCUGAAGUUUUACAGACUCCAAAAGCUAUAAGAAAACUCAAGACGGAUGCUACUCCUGUACCGUUCAAUAUUUCUACACAAAAGAAGAUCAUUAAAGUUGAUAGUGAAAAUCAGAAUUUGCUAGUUUCUUCCUCGGGUGUUAGAGAAGAACAGAGAAUUGGGCGUUUCAGUAGAAAACUAGCAGAAUAUGAGAUUUUCAAGUCAGACGACUUGACAAAGAAGUUUCAUGGUCGAGUUUUGGAAUUCUUCAACCAGAAAUGUGAAGUUCACUUCUUCAUGACAUGGAUUUCAACAGCAGUGUCUUUUGGAAGAAGAGAAAUCUUAGGUGUGGAAAGUGUUUUUAAAGCCCAUCCUCAUGGUUGCUUGAUGAUUCUAUCAAGAACCAUGGACUCUGCACAAGGUUACAGGAUCCUGCAACCGCUACUUGAUCGUGGCUUCAAAGUUCUAGCAGUCACACCAGACUUUCCAUUUCUGCUCAAGAAUACACCAGCUGAAGCUUGGUUUGAUGAUAUGAAGGGUGGGAAAAAGGACCCUGGUGAGAUUCCACUGGCUCAGAAUCUGUCCAAUUUAAUGAGACUUUCAGUUUUGUACAAGUAUGGAGGAGUUUACUUGGACACGGAUUUCAUAGUCCUGAAAAGCUUUAGAGGGCUGAAGAAUACAAUCGGAGCACAAAGCAUUAAUACGGUGUCUAAGAAGUGGACAAGAUUGAACAAUGCAGUUCUGAUCUUUGACAUGAACCAUCCACUUCUAUUCAAGUUCAUAGAGGAAUUUGCUUUAACCUUCGAUGGAAACAAGUGGGGACAUAAUGGGCCAUAUUUGGUUUCCAGGGUAGUCCACAGAGUGGAAGGAAGACCUGGUUAUAAUUUUACAGUCUUGCCACCUAUGGCCUUCUAUCCUGUUGAUUGGACUAAAGUAGGUAGCCUUUUUAAGAUGCCCAAAGACCGGGCUGAUUCGAGAUGGGUUGAAGCUAAGCUGCAACAGCUAAAUGGGCAAAGUUAUGGAGUUCACCUCUGGAAUAAGCAAAGUAGCAAAUUAGUGGUUGAAGAGGGAAGUAUAAUGGGAAGAUUAAUAUCAGAGAACUGCGUCUUGUGUAAACACAUAUAUGGUUCUUAAAUGCAAAAUUUCCAGCCUGAAGAUGGUGAAGCUUCUUCGAUCAAAACAGAUUCUCCUUUGGCAAAACUUCAGGGUAAGAAAUUGCAAGAGCCUCCUGUUGAGUGUCAAAUUUUUUUUGUACAGUUUGAUCCUUGACAAGCCUCAAUUCAAGGGCUGUGAUUUUUCUUUCUUUGCAAGGCUUCCAUCGAUUGUCUGAUUCUAUUUUUCCUUCAUGUUGUCAUUCUUCUUCCAAUUGUGAAUUAAAUGUGAAAUAGAUACAGAUCAAAUAAAAUAAAAAAAGAAAAAAAAUUGGUUUUGAACUUUUCCUUGAUGCAAAUGUAAGUUAAUCUGUAAAUGAUUGUUUACUUUUGAAAGCUUUUCAAACUGUGUGCAAAAGAAAUGGAGUAAA